ACUGACUUCCUCUCAGCGCACUAGGCUGUGCUCACUUCCUCCUUCAGUCCCCUGUGUCACUGUAUUUAGGGACAGUUUUAUUCAUACCACUGUUGACAAUUUCCUGGACACUCUUUUGUAUCAUGCCCGUUAUUGGAAGCUGAAGGCAGAACAACAAUGCAGAACAUCAAGUGUGUCGUGGUUGGAGACGGUGCGGUUGGGAAGACCUGCCUCCUGAUUUCCUUCACCACCAACGCCUUUCCUAAAGAAUACGUUCCCACCGUGUUUGACAACUACAGUGCACAGCUGGCUGUAGACUCUAAAGUCAUCAGCCUGAAUCUGUGGGACACCGCGGGACAGGAGGAGUACGACCGUCUACGGACCCUCUCCUACCCACAGACCAACGUCUUCAUCAUCUGCUUCUGCAUCGUCAACCCCUCGUCCUACGAGAACGUCAAGCUAAAGUGGUACCCUGAGGUGUCGGAACACUGUCCUAAUGUGCCCAUCCUGCUGGUGGGGACUCAAAAGGAUCUGAGAGAUGAUCCAGAGGUGCUGAAGAAGCUCAAGGAGAGGAACCUGUCGGUGGUGUCCCAGCAGCAGGGGGCGGCGCUGGCCCGACAAAUCAAGGCCAGCAAGUACAUGGAGUGUUCAGCGCUCAGCCAGGACGGGGUGAAGGAGGUGUUUACGGAAGCAGCUCUCGCUUUCCUCCACCCCAAAUCAAAAGCCCGCAAGAAAUCAUGUGUGCUACUUUAAAUGGGACGGGACAUGAACAUAUGUAUUUUUUAUGGGGUAUUUGUUUCAUCACAUGUACAUAUGAACAAAAAUCACACUUAAUAAAAAGUACAAAUGUCUUUACAUUAUAUACAGUACAACAAAAUAUCAUACUAAGUGGUAUUUAUUUCAAGGGGAAAUAAAAGAAUAAAUGAUAGGAUUCAAAUAAUAAAUCAGUACAAACACACUGUAAAUGCUCAACAUAAUUAAACAAUUUAGUCAAUCGUGUGCACAAGAGUGCACAGAACUGACACAUUAUAAGUCAGUGUUUUGAAUUUAAUGAACUUGUUUCUUUUUCAUUUAGAGGAACUUGAAUUUAACUGAAACUGGGCUGGGGAUUUCUAUUUCCCAGCACGCUUUGCCAUGGCACUCAACAUGGAGAGUACAUGCUACAUAAUUUUUUUUUUUUUUUUAUGCCAGAUUUAGAAGAACUUCUGUUUGUGACUAGUUGAGCAUAAGAUGCUUUACUGAAUGUUAAAUGUUCUUUAUUUCUUUACUUAUUAAGCUAUUGCUAUGCUAUCAAAGUCUUGUGUUAAUUAGCAUGUUAGCAUUUAGCUAGUUAUAGUCUAAAUUUCCACUACCAAAAAUAUUUAAAUUUAUAUUACGCUAUAAUGUUAGUUGAAGUGUUUUCAAAAUAUAUGAGUUACAGAAAUUUACUCAAUUAUUUCAAGAUAAGAGCAAUUAACAUGUAUUAAUAAUCUGAGAGUUCCUCUUAAACCUCAAAUUAAAUUGUUGAUGUAAUUAUAUACAUUUUCUUUUUUCUUCUUUUUCUUUAUUCAUUUGCUUUAUUCUGUUAACUUAUUUGGGUAUGCAAAAUAAAGACAAACAUGUGGGUGUCAAACAUUCUGGAACAUGUUUAUAAUUGAUUUAAUCAACACUGUUAACUAUUAUUUUCUAAAUUGUAACCAAAAGAAAGAUUGUUGGGGUAUAUUUUACGAGAAAAUCCUAUUUCAGGUUUUUGUUUUGUUUUGUUUUGUUUUUGUUAUUACUUGAAAAUUUCUACUUGAAAAUGUGUGACUUGCAGUUUUUGUAAUAAUUUGUGAAAUUUACAAGCAAUUUGUGUUUUAGACAGAAUUUUUGGCUCUGGUAAUUUUGGUUUUAGUAUAUAUAUAUAUAUAUAUAUAUAUAUAUAUAUAUAUAUAUAUAUAUAUAUAUAUAUAUAUAUAUAUAUAUAUAUAUAUAUAUAUAUAUAUAUAUACAGGAAAGAAAGAAAGAAAGAAAGAAAAAGAAAACCAAAUCAUAUAUUUUGUAUAUGGAAGUUAUUGUAGUAUGAACAAAUUUAAAGACAAGAAAACAAAUGCUAUUUUUAAGAUAAAAUAAAGAUAAAUAUUUGAUUCAGUGUUGUAGUAGUUUUCAACCACUUUGUUACUAAGAUUGUGUUGGUAGAAAGUUUCAUUUUCAGUUAUCCAGAUAUUUUGCAAAUAUGAAUCAUGAUAAGAAGAACAAGACUUGAUUUCAAUAUAAUGUUCAUUUCCAUAUUUAACUGUCACACUUGCUCAGAACCUCAUUUCAGCAUUUAGAAUUUAAUAUCAAUAUAUCAUAUACUGUUAAACACAAGAAAGAAAUGUUGUGCCACUUGUGUGUGAAUCAGUUCACACAACCCACUGUCACAGCAUAUUUUUUUUUUUUGUAUAAAAUGCUGAAUUUGUACUUUCCCGGACACAUUAAUAAAAAGGAGGAACCGUUUA